AUGUCACAAGUAACGUUCGGUGACAUAGGAUUCAGUAACGUUCCUCCAGUAGCUGGAAUCGCAUCGCUCGUCCUCCAGCCCUCGUCGCACAUUCGCCGUCGCAUUCCCAGGAGUGCGUCGGAUGGCGCGACGUGUCAGUUCCCGAUUCGCAGAUUAAACUCCAACAGCUGUUUCGCAGAAAGUUCUUCCAGGGCUUCUGGAACCUUCCAAUCGGCCUCGAUAAGGAGCGUUCAAGGGCAUCUUUGCUCACAUGUCCGCUCAACCGCUCGCGCGAUUGACUGCGGGGCUUCCCGCGCAAAUCUCCGCGCAGGUGUCCGCGGAAGGGUCCGUGCAAGGGCCUACGUGGGCCCGGUCACGGGGUCUUCGGAUGCGGAAAACGUAGAGGGGCUCGCGCAGGGGGAUUCGGAAGCGGAAAGGCGCGCGGAAGCGGAUUGGAGCAAUCUCGGCGAGGGCCGCGGUGAUUCGAACGGGCCCGCGGAAUGGGGGAGUUUGGGGCGGAACCGUGAGGGCGCGGAGGCGCGGGCGGAUGGGGGGAAUCACGGGGCGGAAGUAGAUGGAAUCGAAGCAGCGACUUUGGAAUCAACAGGGCGCGCUCAUGCAGGAGAAGCCGCGCAGGCGCAGCUUAUCGAACAGCCCAUUGCGAGUUCCGCAGGUGCUUCAGCGGCAGACGGAGCAGCAGCAGCAGCAGCAGCAACAGUAUCAGCAGCAGCAGUACCAGAAGUUCCGGCAGCAGAAGAAGCAGCAACUGUACCAUCAGAUGCAUUAGGCCUGUCGGCACCUGAAACCGCUUCAUUGCAAGCUCCUCAAUCGCCAACAAGCGCUUGGGUUGAGUCACCGCAAAGAACUCCUCAUCAUCCCUUUGCAGAGGAGCAGGCGGGUGAGCAUAAGGGCAGCGAACCGGGGGGUAGCGAGCAUGGGGGCAGUGACCCAGGUGUGGGGGUGAUGGGCGUGGGGUUCGUGGAUUACAGCGACGAGGAGGAGGGCGGGGAGGAAGCUGCGUGGGUGCUUCUUGACGUCCAUGCAGAGCACGAGGAGGACACGGUUGUGUUCCGGUUUGGUUACCCAAACGGCGUGGUUCUAGAAGAAGAGGAGGUGUUCCCGAUCCCUGCUCCAGUCCCAGUGAUGCAGUCAGAACUGGAAGCGCUGCAAUCGGCGGCGCAAGGGGAGGAGGGAGCACUUGCGCAAGCACUGGAAGAGCAAGGAGCACAGGAGGAAUACGCAGCACGGGGGUUCUAUGCCGAGCCAAGAGCAGCAGAGCAGGAGCAAGCAGGGCAGGCGCUAGCACAAGAAGGGGGCACAGUUUCAGGAGAGGAGGCGGCAGAAGCCCCUCUGCAUGAGGAGGAAAGCAGGAGGUAUGCUCUCUGCUUCCACGGCUCAAAUUCCACAUUCAGCCCAUCCCUCUCUUCCCCUCUCAAUUCCCGAAUUUGCUCCAGCCUGGCCGUCCAGGCACAGAGGGAGAACGUGGUUCCAUCCAGGCUCCAGCCUGGGCAAGAAGAACGUGGUUUUGCCCUGCAGCAGCUGCAAGCAACAUCCAGACUUCCCUUCGUUCCCUCUCCUCUGCUUACUCCCCUCCCAUCCCUCCCCAGCCUGGCCAUCCAGCCCUCUGAGCGCAAGGAGGACGUGGUGUUGCUCUGCACCAGCUGCAAUCAGGCAACUGAGAGCCGGACAUUUCUUCAUUCCCUCUCCUCUCCUCCCUCCAUCACCCCCAGCCUGGCCAUCCAGCCCUCUGAGCGCAAGGAGGACGUGGUGUUGCAUCAACUGCAGCUGAAGCCCUCUGAGCGCAAGGAGGACGUGGUGUUGCAUCAACUGCAGCUGAAGGUUGGAGUCUACAGCGUGCCGCACCCUGCCCGAGCGUCAAGGGGGGGUGACGAUGCGUACUUGGUGGAGGGCAACUGGCUGGGCGUAGCGGAUGGCAUUGGCACGUGGACAGACCAAGGCAUCAACGCCGGUCUAUAUUCCCGAGAGAUGAUGUGGAACUGUGUGAACGUGAUCCGGUCGCGGCAGGAGGGAGCAGACAGUGACGAGGACGGCGGCAGCGACGGCGAGUUUGCCGACCAUCUGGAGGGCGGCAGAUCCGACUCUGAGCUGGAUUCCGACCACAACGACUCGGCCGGCGUCGGGCGGGGGGCGGCGGCGGGCGGCAGCAUGGGCGGCAGCAUGGGCGGCAGGGGCGGGGCGGGCGGCAGGAGGGGGAGGGGCGGCAUGGGCGGCAGUCUGGACGGCACGGGCGGCACGGGCGGCACGGGCGGCGGGGCGGGGGGAAGGAGGGGGAGGGGCGUGGGGGGGGCGGGAGGGGGGGUGGUGAGCGGAGCAGGGGCGGGGGGGGAUGACUAUGACUAUGGGUAUUAUGAUGAUGAGGAGGAUUUAGACCCGAUGGAUCCCAAGGGGGUGAUUGAGGAGAGCCACAGCCGCACUGACUUGAGGGGUUCCUGCACCAUCACCCUUGCUGUUCUUGACAAAGAUCGUCUCCGUGUGGCAAGCAUAGGCAGCUGUGGCUUCGUGCUGUUGAGGCGAGGCGAGCUCGUGAUUCGCUCGGAGCGCAUGGAGCACUCUUUUGGCAACCCUUUCCAAAUCGGGCAUGAGGCAGGGGACGGCCCUGAUUGUGCCAAGGAUUACACCAUCCCCGUGCAAGCAGGCGACGCCAUUCUCCUGGCCACCAACGGUCUGUUUGACAAUCUCUUCCUUGACCACAUUGUGCGCGUGCUGUGUGCUGCGCUGGGCGAGGGCAAGAAACCCGAGUCUGUGGCUCGCAAGCUUGUUUCGAUGGCUCAUAAAGCAGGCGAGAGCACAACAGAGCCAACACCUUAUGCAAUAGCAGCCAAGGCAGCAGGGGUGCAUCACGAGGGGGGGAGGCGGGACGAUGUGACUGUGAUCGUGGCUUAUGUGCAAUAA